AUGAGCCGUCUUCGGAAGAUGGCUAUAGGAGGUCCAGUAACGACAGAUCGACCAGCUCACGACUAUGCCAGCUUCAAGCGACAGUACAAGCUUGGCGCUGAGCUGGGUCGUGGCGGAUUUGGCACUGUUUACUGCGGCUUUCGAAUGGCUGACAAUCUUACUGUUGCUUGUAAGUAUGUGAUGCGGGCAAACGUAACGGAAUGGGCUUGCAUGGAUGGACGAGUAGUGCCGCUCGAAAUCGUCCUUCUAAUGAGGUGUCGAGGCAUUCCUGGUGUCAUCCAGACGAUUGAUUGGUUCGAACGACCAGAAGGUUACAUGAUUGUAAUGGAGCGACCCAGCCCAUCCACGGACUUGUUCGAUUAUAUUUCUGAAAGAGGUGCCCUUACUGAAAAUGUGGCUCGUGACUACUUCCGUCAGGUUGUGGACACCGUGCUGGCAUGUUAUCGUGUGAACGUCAUUCAUCGCGAUAUAAAGGACGAAAACCUAGUAGUGGACAUGAAAAAUGGCUUGGUCAAAUUGAUUGACUUCGGUUCUGGUGCCUUCCGCAAAGAGGGACCCUACACUGACUUCGAAGGAACUCGCGUCUACAGUCCUCCGGAGUGGAUCGAAGAGUCGCGUUAUGAUGGCCUUGAAGCUGCGGUGUGGUCUCUCGGUAUACUUCUCUUUGAUAUGGUUUGCGGAGAUAUUCCUUUCCGCAAGGACUCAGAGAUCUGUAAUGGACAUCUACAGUGGCGAAAUCACCUCUCUGAAGAAUGCAAGGACCUGAUUCGACAAUGCCUUGCUCGAGAAGGCAGCGAUCGUCCGACUUUCGAAGAAAUUCUCGAGCAUCCUUGGAUGCAGGUGCCACCCGAAGGAGUGGGAGCUGCCAAGAAUGAACUGAAUGCGGGUCGUCAUAAACUCGCUAGCGUGCCAGAUCGUCUAGUUACCGAGGCUCAGGCUCACGCGCACCCACGAGUUCCACUGACGGCCACACGAUCUGAUCAAUUCCUGCUGACUCCUUCAUCCAGCAGCAGUUCCACGUCGACAUCAAACUCAGCAGCUAUUUUUGAAGGUGCUGCUCUUGAAAGAGUGCCGCAUCCGGAGGUACCACCAUUUACAACAAACCCACGUUUGCUCACUGGCGGUCCAAUUGGUUCGCCCUGUCGCCGCUAUCCUAUCCUACCACGUCCGACUGUCGCCAUUGCUCCACAUGUAAAUGUGGCUAGUCAGUCGUCUGCAUCGAUAGCAUCACAGAGUGCUGCUGUCAUUUCGCCAUUAACUUCCUUGUCUCGAGAUCAGCAAGCUGAACGGAAAGAUUCGUUUGGUUCCAUGUGUACUGCGUCAGCGCACUCAUCUGGAUCAUCCGGUUAUGGCACAACGACACCGUCACCACCGUCUAUCGACGAGUCUCCACUUUCGACGUAUUAG